AUGGCGAAUAACGGCAAAUCUUCCUUCAGCUUUGGCAGUGCGGCAGGGACAAGCACUGGUCAAAGUCCCUUCGCAGGCUUUGGAUCGACUACACCUAGCACGUCCUCUCCUUUUGGCGCAGCCCAAACCACUACAGCAAAGCCAGCAGGGUCUACAGGCUCAAGUCUCUUUGGAAACUUGGCAUCAGGACCAACUUCGUUUGGCGGUGGAUCUACAGCGGGUGGUCAGGCUCCAAGUUUUGGCGGCGCCAAACCAGCUUCCAACCCAGCUUCAGGAGCGUCAACACCAAAUCUUUUCGGAGGAAGUACAGGAGCUACUCCAGGUGGGAUGUUUGGCAGCCAAGCAGCAUCAUCGAGCACCACUACUCCUGGUCUAUUCGGCACAGCAAAUGCGACGACACCCAGCUUUGGAGGGGCAGGCGGAUUCAAGUUCGGCCAGGCAAAGGAAAACAGUGAAGCUUCAACCCCGGCGAAUAACGAGAACAAAGCACCUACUGCUGGCGGACUUUUUGGUGGUAAUGUCACCAAGCCCGCUGGGUCAAGUCUAUUCAAUGCUGCUUCGGCAGGAACAACGACCCCAGCCAAACCCGCCUUCAGCUUUGCCAACUCUACUACUCCUGCUGGUCCUCCUCCUACGGACAAUCCCCAAUCCAAAUCAUUAUUUGGGUCUGUCGGUCAACCCUCUUUUGGAACAUCGAAGCCCGCCGAAGCCUCUUCAACUCCAGCGACUACCAGCUCCCUCUUCUCAAACCCUGCGACCACAUCCAGCGGUGGUGGAAUGUUCUCUGGCGGAAAGCCUCCUGCCACCUCUGGAACAGGGUCGGCCCAAACCCCUGUGACCAGCUCAGCUCCGAAGCCCACCUUCAGCUUCCAGAGCAGCACUCCAGCAACCACCACUACCAGUGCUCAACCUUCAUCCACAGCGCCAGCUGCGACAAGCAGCCUGUUCAAUAAGACCCCAGCUACUGGAACAUCUGCCCCAUCUCCAUUUGGUGGUUUCAAGCCAAGCACAACAGCUGCGGCUUCUGCAUCUCCUAUGUUCAGUGCUGCUCCAGCCAGUACUUCCGCAGCGCCCUCCACAACCCCCAGUCUGUUCGGUGGGUUGAAAGCAAGUCCCCAGCCAGCAUCGGCCGCAGCCGCCUCUUCUGCAACCUCGACAUCAAAUACUACUGCCGCUUCGACAACCCCAAGUCUCUUUCCCACUUCAACUUCGACUGCGGCUCCAACCACUUCAGCACCAGCUUCCAGUGGACCGGGAUCAGGUGCAGGCUCAGGUACUGGCCUGGGGUCUGGUCUAGGAGCCGGCCUCGGAGGAGGAUCAGCAACUGGCGCAGCCAGCUCCCAAAUAGGUCCUACGCAAGGAUUUGGAUCAUCAACUACUGGACCUACACCUCAAUUGACCCGUCUGAAGAACAAGACUAUGGACGAGAUCAUCACUCGAUGGGCAUCUGACUUGUCGAGCUAUCAUAAGCAGUUCCAAGAUCAAGCAGAAAAGGUAGCAGCCUGGGAUAGAUUGAUGGUUGAGAAUGGGGAGAAAAUCCAGAAGCUGUAUUUAAGCACAUAUGAUGCUGAAAAACAGAGCGCGGAAAUUGAACGUCAGUUGUCGAACGUGGAGAGUCAACAAGACGAAUUGGCUUCUUGGCUCGACCGUUACGAGACAGAGGUUGAUGAUAUGUUUCAACGCCAAGUUGGACAAGGGGAGACUCUGCAAGGUCCAGAUCAAGAGAGAGAACGAACAUUCAAGCUUGCCGAGAAGCUGACCGAUAGACUUGACGAUAUGGGCAAGAAUCUUUCAAGUAUGAUUGAUGCCAUCAAUGAUGCAUCGACCACUUUGAGCAAGACUAGUAAAGCCGAUGAUCCUUUGUCACAUAUUGUCCGGGUUUUGAAUAGCCACUUAACACAAUUGCAAUGGAUUGAUGAGAAUGCAUCAGCUUUGCAAAACAAGAUUGCCGAGUCCCAGAAGGGCGUCCAAAGCAUUGGUCCAAAUGGAUAUGGCGGACCGGAAAGUGAAGCUGCGGAAUCAUUCUACCGAUCUGUCAUGGGUAGAAAGUAG